AAACAAAGAAAAUCUAACAGUUUACAUUUCAGUUUACCUUCUUACUUCUGUUUAUUGUAGUUCUAUGAUCGUUUUAACUACGGUUAUUAGCAGAUUAGAUCACUAAUAGCUGAGUUUCCAGGUAGAUUUAAAGGAAAAUGUCGCAGCAAACAGCAAGAUAUGGUGAACAGGCAUACAAUCAACAAUGUAACUGCCAUAAUAUGAAUUCCAUAAAUCUGUGUCAAUGUUCACCGAAUCCGUCAAGUUCACGGAGUGUAUCUCGAUACAACUCCAGAGGUGGAAUGAUUGCUUCAGUAGAUAUGUGUUUCUUUUGUUUUGACGUCCUUUUCUCUCAUCUUCACUCCACUGAGCCACCUAAAUCACCACCAUUCCCUAGCGAAUCUUAUCCCCUUUUUGUUACCUGGAAAAUUGGAGAAGAUAAAAAAUUAAGAGGAUGUAUUGGUACCUUCAAUGCAAUGAACCUUCAACUUGGACUUCGUGAGUAUGCAGUAACAAGUGCUUUCAAAGACAGUCGAUUUGCUCCGAUUACGAAGGAAGAAUUCCCAAAAUUGCACGUUUCAGUUUCCAUUCUGCGACAUUUUGAAGAUGGAGAUAAUUAUCUGGAUUGGGAAAUUGGAAUCCACGGGAUAAGGAUAGAAUUUUAUACUGAAAAGGGCUAUCGAAGAACUGCCACCUUUCUACCUGAAAUAGCCCCGGAGCAAGGGUGGGAUAGAUGUCAAACUAUCGAUUCUUUGCUACGUAAAGGUGGAUUUAAAGGGCCUAUAUCUCCGAACGUUCGUUCGUCUAUCAAAUUGACUCGCUAUCAAAGUGAAAAAAUUACUGUUAGUUAUCAAGAAUACAAAGACUUUGCACGCACAAAAUGUUCCUGAUUGUGGAAUUUAGUUAACGAUCAUCAAUUAUAGCUUCAUUGCCUCUGCAAAGCCUCAAUUUAUUCCUAAUUAAUGAUAAUCUAGCAUCAGUUUCAAUAAUCUUUGUCAGCGAUGCAAGAUAGUAACUUUUUCUCGAAUAUUUUAUUUCUUUCAAUAAAAUUUUAUAUCAGUUUUCUUUCCUUCAUUACAAAAAUAA